CAUCGUUAUCGAGCUAGCAACGUAUCACACAUUCUGAUCUUGUUUUAUUCUAACUGGAAUAAACCAUGGAGAAACUGCGUCGUGUGCUAAGUGGAAAUGAGCCAUCGCCGGAGGAGGAGAGCAGUAUAAUUACUCAGAUCAACGACAUGUCCACUCUAAGUUGGGAAUCGCGUAUUAAGGGCUUUAUCAUAUGCUUCGUGCUCGGCAUAUUGCUCUCCUUUCUCGGCUCUAUAAUGCUCUUUCUGCAUCGAGGUAUUGUUGUUUUUGCAGUGUUCUACACUCUGGGCAAUGUGAUCUCUAUGGCGAGCACCUGUUUUCUCAUGGGUCCUUUCAAACAAAUCAAAAAGAUGUUUGCCGAAACGCGUCUGAUUGCCACAAGCAUUGUUAUAGUUGCUAUAGUCAUGACUUUCGUAUCAGCAAUUGUGUUGAAAAAAGCCGGACUCACGCUAAUAUUCAUUAUCAUACAAUCCCUGGCAAUGACCUGGUACUCGCUUUCAUACAUACCCUAUGCAAGAGAUGCGGUUCGGAGCACAGUGUCCGCCUGCUUUGAAGUAUAGUAGUCUUAUUUUGUACAUAAAACUCUUUCGUUUCAAUUUAUAGCUAAUUGUAUCUAUAACUGUAUCUUUAUCUGUAUCUAAA